UGUGACACUUAAAAACCUUCUUAACGCCUUCAGUCUCUCUCUAAAUCUCCGAAGAACAGCAUUACAACAAUGGAGAAAAGGGAGGAGGCGAAAGAGGUGGUGGAAAACGAGGAGCAAGUAGUGAACCCAUGGGAAGUAUCAGCAAAAGACGGCGGCAAGAUUGACUACGACAAACUAAUCGAUAAAUUCGGUUGCCAGAGGCUCGACGACUCCUUAAUCCAGCGUGUUCAACGCCUCACGAAUCGGCCGGCUCACGUUUUCCUCCGCCGCGGAGUUUUCUUCGCUCAUCGUGAUUUCAACGAUAUAUUGGGUGCUUAUGAAAAAGGGCAAAAGUUCUAUUUAUACACAGGCAGAGGACCUUCUUCUGAAGCCUUGCAUUUGGGUCACCUUAUCCCCUUCAUGUUCACAAAAUAUUUGCAGGAUGCAUUUAAGGUGCCGCUAGUAAUACAAUUGACAGAUGAUGAGAAAUGUAUGUGGAAGAAUUUGUCAGUGGAAGAAAGCCAAAGACUUGCUCGUGAGAAUGCUAAAGAUAUUAUAGCUUGUGGAUUUGAUGUUUCCAAGACUUUCAUUUUCUCUGAUUUCGAUUAUGUUGGUGGUGCCUUUUACAAGAACAUGGUGAAGGUUGCAAAAUGUGUCACAUACAAUAAGGUGGUUGGCAUUUUUGGUUUCACAGGUGAAGAUCACAUUGGGAAAGUUAGUUUUCCACCAGUUCAGGCUGUUCCAUCCUUCCCAAGUUCAUUUCCUCAUCUGUUUUCUGGCAAUGAUAACAUUCGCUGCUUGAUUCCAUGUGCCAUAGACCAGUCACCCUACUUCUGAUUUUUAAUGUGUCUGCUUGUAAAAAUUCUCCUGCAUUGCCUUUCUGUUAAUAUUCUACAUUUUGUUGAACAUUUGCAGGGGGAGAAUGGAAAAAUGUCUGCUAGUGAUCCAAAUUCUGCCAUUUAUGUGACCGAUUCAGCAAAAGAGAUAAAAAACAAGAUAAACAGAUAUGCAUUCUCUGGUGGCAAAGACUCAAUUGAGUUGCACAGAAAGUACGGAGCGAACUUGGAGGUUGAUAUACCAUUUAAGUAUCUUGGCUUUUUCCUGGACGAUGAUGCUGAGCUGGAACGCAUUAGAGAGGAAUAUGGGUCUGGACGUAUGCUAACAGGUGAAGUGAAAAAGAGGCUUACUGAAGUUCUAACAGAUCUAGUUGAAAGCCAUCGACGGGCUAGGGCGUUGGUGACUGAUGAGAUGGUAGAUGCUUUCAUGGCCGUUAGACCUCUUCCUAAUAUGUUCAACUGAAUAGGGGAAUUUUCGUCACGUCGAUAUGUUCUUUCUUGAGGCAACUAGUCAUUGUUUCUCUCGAUUUACUGAGAGGUGUUUCUUCUUUAAUUGUAAUUUCUUUUUUUCGUGUAUUUUUAUAACUCGUAAAUUUCAGUUAUAUUUGCAAAAACAAAGUCAUGAAGGUGGCAUUACUCUUCCCCACUCGUUGAAAUUUACACCAUUUUGAGGACCCUAAUGGUUCAUGUUUGGUUAAGUACUAGAUUUUCUACCACAACCCCAGCUUGGUAGAUGGAUUUGUGGUAACUUUAACAUGAUUUAUUUUCUUA